AUGAAUUGUAUCAAAUGUGUUCGCGCUCUGCCGGCUGACGGAAGGUUUUUGACAUGUGCAUCUUGUCGGAAUGGUUACCACCUUGGUAAACCCUGCUCCGGUGUAGCGGAUGGCACUUUUGCGGGAAUGGGUGCUGCUAGACGAGAAACAUGGAAAUGUCCCACUUGCCGGACCGGCGAGAUCCGUACAGGCGAGAUCCGAACAGUCUCAGGGACUGCUGGUAACUGCUCACUAGAGGAUUCCGGCAACGCCGACGUGAGCAGACAGGAGCUUGUAGAUUGCGCUUCUGUUACCAGUCAGCUGGCUUCGAUCAGCGCUACGCUUAACCAGCUUCUUUCGUUGAAGGCUAGUGUUGAUACCCUUCUGCCCCUUCCAUCUAAAGUGGAUCAGUUGCUGGCUCUAAGACCAGCCGUCGAUGAACUGCGCAGCACGGUCGAAGGAUUACAAAUGACCGUUGGCUCUUUUAGCCUAAAAUACGAUUCCGUGCUCGCUAUGGCAAUGACCAAUGAGGAAGCUGUGAAGGAUUUACAACAGGAGGUGGACACAGUCAGGACAACAAUGGAACAUCAGGCUGACACAAUUGAGCGACUGAGAGAAGAGCUCAAUGAUACGCACCAGUACAGUCGCCGUUGCAAUAUGGAGCUACACGGUCUUCCCUUUGUUCAUGGCGAGGACCUGAUGCAAAUCAUGAACGACCUAUCUCAAAAGCUUGAUGUUCCAACACCUCAGCCUUCGGACAUCCUGGCAAUUCAUCGCCUUACAAAAAAACCUGACUCAGUUCCAACAGUUCUGAUAAAUUUCACCUCUGUCGCCAUAAAGAACUCUUGGAUGUCUGCACGAGGAAGGCUACGCAAACUGUGCCGGUCUGAAGAUCAACCGAACUUAUUCUUCAAUGACAACCUUACACCAGCGAAUAAAGAACUUUUUUGGCUGGCGAGAACUCAGGGCAAAAAACAUGGAUACCGCCGACAGGGCUGGCGGAAGAGUAUCGGCGUACCUCUCGGGCAAGAGGACAGCGAAGGGAUCGUGCGCCUGAACCUUCAAGGAAGGGGCGCAACACGUCUCCGAACCGGGACCCAGCUGGAACAAGCUCCUGAAGACGGCGGCAGACCUCAGCACCUGAACCGUCAAGGGGUGCAAGGAAGUGAGCGCCUGCCGACGUUGGAGCAGAGCACUGGGACUCUUCGACGGAAACAGCCGCAACACGUCUCCGGACCGGGACCCUGUUGGAACAAGCUCCUGAAGACGGCGGCAGACCUCAGCGCACCUGAACCGUAA